AUGUCCGUUUAUAUUUUACAUCCGCAAACUGUGGCUACACCUAGCUACUCGUCGACAAUUCUUAAGACACGGAAUGUAUCUGCACCUAUCUUACCGCGUUAUUGUACAGCACGGCCACUUACUGUGGUAGGACGACAGUCACUGCGUACAGUUAUUCCGGUGCAAGAUGUGCAAAGAUCGGCUAAAACUAGUGUGCUUCAGCAACCUAUUGAAGAGCUACUUGGUCUGGAAGCUUCAGGGGAACAUACAGUUCGAAAACGUGAGCGUUUGAAUCAUUUGACUGCGGAGGAGAAACAGAAUCGACGUAAGUUAAAGAAUCGCGUAGCUGCACAGACAGCACGUGAUCGCAAGAAAUAUCGUGCAAGCAAACUUGAAGAAGCCGUUCGAAUGCUUAUCCUAGAAAACAGCAAAUUGCGUGAGGAAAAUAAGUGCUUAAAGAAAACAUGUGAAGAGCUAAAGAGUCAAAAUGUCGAGCUGGAGAACUUGUUGAAUAACAACCGGGAACGUGACGAAUGUUCUGAGACAGAAGUAACUAGUAGUAGUAACACGGCAUCAUCGUCCCUUGGAUCUGCCGAAUCCAUUCGCGGUCCCCAGCAGAGGGAACAGGCGGUGAUGCGUUCAUUGCCGAUUUUAAUGCUUUUCUGUCUAGUGAUGAAAUGCAGGAAAUCAUCGGGGAAAUCUGCGCAGCUGAUGGAGCAGAUUCGACGUUGCAAGAUGUUGGCGGAACGACACUUGAAUUCGAGCGAUUCUGUUCAAAGAUACUUACCCCAGACGCCGAUUUCUCCUUGUACCGAUACAGCCAUAAAUAACGCAGUGGAAUAUGAAGAGUCAGCUUCUUGCGUUAAUUUUAAUAUGGAAAGUGAUCAUGAAUCUAACUGUGAACAAUUGUCCGGUUAUUCUUUUUGUGCAUCGAAAUCGUCCGAUACAACAGAACAUUUCACUCCUUCCUCUCCCUCAUUUAUCUUGUUUGAUGAUAUAAAAGAGGGAAACAAUGAUACCCCCUCACUUCUUAUUAGUGAUAAUGAUCCAAUCACAUGCACUCAUUGUUAUUACUAUUUUAUGGUAUUCAUUGGUUCCGUUUAUUUGGUCAUCAAUUGUGAUAGUUUAUUCACCAGAAUGAACAAAAUAUCUCGUGAUUAUUUAUUUCAUUUCUUUCUGUUCUAG